GACUCUUCCUUUUAUUUAUAAAUAAAUAAAUAAAUAAAUAAUAAUAAAUAAAUAAAUAAAUCAUAAUAAAUAAAUAAAUAAAUAAUAAAUAAACAAUAAUAGUUUAGUUUUUUUAUUUUUUUUAUUUAAUCAUUUUUUUUCAAUCACAAAAUUUAAAAUAAUUUGUAUUACAAAAUGUAUAAAAAUCUUAUAACAAAAAAUAAUUUAUUUUUAACAAAAAAUAAAUCAUUUACAUCUACAUUGGUAUCGGCAUCUUUGCCACACUCUUUUAUUGGGGGUCAAGUUAGAGACUUUUCAAUAACUAAAAAAGAGAAAAAGCAAACUCCACAAUACCAUAGAAACUCAACAUUAUACACCCAUACACCAAGAGAGGCAUUGGCAAAUAUCGAAAAGAACUUUGUAUUUCCAACACCAUAUGAACCAAAAACCAUUGGUGACCACUUUGCAAAGAAUACCGUUCAAUUAUUAAGAAAGGUAUCAAAUCUCUUUUUUAGAGAAAAGUAUAUUCAUUAUGCAAUUGUCUUAGAGACUAUUGCAUCGGUACCGGGUUUAUGUGGUGGCGCAAUGUUACAUUUAAGAGCAUUAAGAACCAUGGAAAGCAACAACUGGAUCAAGGCUUUAAUGGACGAGUCUGAAAACGAAAGAAUUCAUUUAAUGAGUUUUAUCGAACUUACCAAACCAACAUUAAUUGAAAGAACAAUGGUUGCCGCUGCCCAAGCUGUAUUUUGGAAUUUAUAUUUAGUUGGUUAUGCCAUCAGUCCAAAAAUUAUGCAUCGUGUAGUUGGUUACCUUGAACAUGAAGCUGUUAAAACAUAUACCAAUUUCUUGGCUGAUAUAGAUGCAGGUAAAGUUGAAAAUAUUCCAGCCUCAAAAUUAGCUAUUGAAUAUUGGGGUCUCCCAGCUGAUGCCACAUUAAGAGAUAUGAUUCUUGUAAUCAGGGAAGAUGAAAUGGAUCACCGUUUAGUUAACCACGAAAUUUCAAAUAAAAUCGCACUCGAUAACAAUGACCCAAUUAUAAUAGAAAAUAAACAUCACCACACCAUAGUAGUAAAUCCAGUCGGUAAAGAUAUAAUUGAAAAAGGCAAUGGCCAAGCAGCAAAGGUCAGUGAAAAAAUAGUACCAACUUCAGAAAUUUAAAUCAACAACAAUUAUUUAUAUAUAUGUCAGUUUAUAAUUUAAAACAUAGCGUAUUAAAAAAAACUAAAAAACCACAAUAAAUUAAAAUACAUUUUUCUUUUACUUUUUUUUUUUAUUAAUAC